AUGGCACCAGAUAUUCAAAUUCCCACUACACAUUCUGCCCUGACAUUCACCCGUAGGGGCGACCCCCUCGACGUCCUGACCAUCACACACGAUUUCCCAACACCAACCCCGUCAUCUCUCGUCCCCGGUGAAGCUCUCAUCAAAGUGUCCGCCGUGUCUACAGACGCUGGCAUCUCUCUCAUCAUCAGAUCAAUCCCGCAUCUAACCAGCAAACCAUGGAUUCCCGAGAUCAAUUUCGCCGGAACAAUUGUCGCCAUGGGAACACCAUCCUCGGAUGACUCGAAUGAUCUACGAAUAGGUGACGAAGUCAUCGGCGUGCGCAGCAGCCCACUCUCCAAAUACAACGGCGCCAUGCAAUCAUAUCUCGUCAGUCCUGUGAAUAUGCUCAUUCGCAAGCCCAAAUCAAUCUCGAUGAUCGAGGCUUCAGGGCUACCCGCCACGGGAUGUACAGCCAUACAAGCACUCGAACUUGCAGGAGUGAAGAGAGGCGACAAGGUCCUCGUGACAGGAGGAAGUGGUGGGUUAGGAAACAUGUGCGUUCAACUUGCGCGAGUUCUUGUCGGAGAGUCGGGAAUAGUGGUGUCGACGUGUUCUGCCCAAAACGCGGAAUUGGUGAAGAGUUUAGGGGCAGAUGAGACAAUAGACUACAGAGUGCACAAUCCCCUGCACGAAUAUCUCAACAAGCACCACUCCUCGGCACCGUUCAACGCCAUUCUUGACGUCGCAGGCAAUCCCAAGGAAAUGUUCACUUCCUCGCCGAACUACCUCACCAAGUCUGGGACGUUUGUCAUCUUAGGAAACAUGAAGGCACUAGAGAGCGCCUCUCUGUUCGGCUUGAUUUCUGAAAUAUUGCUUGUUCAGCUGAACCGCUUCCUGCCCGUUUUCUUAGGAGGGACACCUCGAAAGUGUCUUUUUUAUUCAGCCACACCGUUAAAAAAGGACAUGCAAAGAGUUUGUGACAUGGUCGAGGCUGGGCAGGUGAAGUCAUUGGUUGACAGCGUGUGGAAAUUCCAGGAUGUAACCAAGGCAUAUGAGAGAGGGUUGAGCCAAAGAGCAAAAGGUAAAAUUAUCGUGACGUUUGAUUGA